GCAGUGGCUACGCUACGAGCUGGUGGUCCAAGGCUUUUACUGAGAAUGACAUUAGGAACAGAAAUUACUACCCAUCUCCAGGCCUCUUCAUAUGCAGCAUCAGACCGAAACUUUUUGAAAUGGGACCUGUCACCAGAGCAAAUCAGAACAAGGACAGAAGAUCUGAUCACGAAAACAAAACAAGUGUAUGACAAUGUUGGAAUGCUUGAUUUUGAAAAAGUAACAUAUGAGAACACUAUGCAGGCUCUGGCCGACAUAGAAGUGGAGUAUACAGUGGAAAGAAGCAUGCUGGAUUUCCCGCAGCAUGUCUCGUCCAACAAAGAUGUGCGCUCAGCAAGCACAGAAGCUGACAAAAGACUUUCUUAUUUUGAUGUGGAGAUGAGCAUGAGAGAAGAUGUGUUUCAGAGGAUUGUUUAUUUGCAGCAAAUAUGUGAUCUUGGACAUCUAAAGCCUGAAGCUAAGCGAUACUUAGAAAAGUCAAUUCAAAUGGGAAAAAGGAAUGGACUCCAUCUUCCCAAAGAAGUACAGAAUGAAAUAAAGACCAUGAAGAAAAAAUUGAGUGAGCUGUGUAUAGACUUCAACAAAAACCUCAAUGAGGAAAACACAUUUCUUAUGUUUUCUAAGGAUGAACUUCAAGCCCUUCCUGAUGACUUUAUUAAUAGUUUAGAGAAGACUGAAAAGAACAAGUAUAAAGUUACCUUAAAGUAUCCCCACUAUUUUUCUGUCAUGAAAAAGUGCUGUGUUCCAGAAACAAGAAGAAAAAUGGAAACUGCCUUUAACACAAGAUGCAAGGAGGAAAAUACUAAUAUUCUUCGGCAGUUGCUUCCCUUAAGGGCAAAAGUAGCAGAGCUUCUUGGGUACAGUACACAUGCCAACUUUGUACUGGAGGUGAACACUGCAAAGAGCAUGGAUAAUGUAACAACCUUUUUAGAUGAUUUAAGUAAGAAGCUAAAACCACUGGGUGACGAGGAGAGAGAGUUUAUUCUGGAUUUGAAGAAAAAGGAGUGUGAAGGAAGAGGCUUUGACUAUGAUGGAAGAAUCAAUGCAUGGGAUUUACAUUAUUAUAUGAACAAGACAGAAGAGCUUAAAUAUUCCAUAGAUCAAGAGAAGCUCAAGGAAUACUUUCCAGUUGAAGCUGUUACACAAGGCUUAUUGAACAUUUACCAGAAGCUGCUUGGACUUGUAUUUGAGCAGGUAGUCAAUGCUCAUGUUUGGCAUGAGAGUGUUACUCUUUAUACAGUAAAAGACGAUUCAACAAGAGAAGUUUUAGGUCAGUUCUACUUAGACCUCUAUCCCAGAGAAGGGAAGUAUGGGCAUGCAGCAUGCUUUGGUCUCCAGCCUGGCUGCCUACGCUCUGAUGGCAGCAGAAUUAUGUCUGUAGCUGCUCUGGUGACCAACUUCACAAAACCAAUAUCAGAUCGCCCAUCAUUGCUGCGACACGAUGAGGUGAAGACUUACUUCCAUGAGUUUGGACACGUAAUGCACCAGAUAUGUGCACAGACCGACUUUGCUAGAUUUAGUGGAACUAAUGUGGAAACAGACUUUGUAGAAGUUCCUUCACAAAUGUUUGAGAACUGGGUAUGGGAAAAAGAACCUCUACAGCAAAUGUCAAAACAUUAUAAAGAUGGGAGCCAUGUUGCAGAUGCUCUUCUUGAGAAACUUGCUGCCUCUAGAAUGGCCAAUACAGGUCUUUUGACUCUUCGUCAGAUUGUUUUGAGCAAGGUUGACCAGUCCAUUCAUACCAAAUCAUCUGCUGACCCCGCAGAUGAAUAUGCCAAGUACUGCAUGGAGAUUCUGGGAAUUUCUGCAACCCCAGGAACAAACAUGCCGGCUACUUUUGGACAUUUGGUAGGUGGCUAUGAUGGCCAAUACUAUGGAUAUCUGUGGAGUGAAGUUUUUUCCAUGGAUAUUUUUUAUAGCUGCUUUAAACAAGAAGGAAUUAUGAAUCCAAAGGCUGGAAUGAAAUACAGAAACCUUAUCCUGAAACCUGGAGGAUCUUUGGAUGGGAUGGAUAUACUCCAAAAUUUCUUACAGUGUAAACCAAACGAGAAAGCUUUCCUAUUGAGUAAGGGAUUGAAUAUUCAAUGA